AGGUCACAAUAUAAUGCAAUAUAAAAGCAAUCUUUCUACUAAAUUGAGAAUCAUUCAAAAGGCAGCAGCACAAUGAAGUUAUUUUUCUUUCUUUACACUUUUGGUCUAGUCCAAACGAUUUUUGGAGUAGAAAUUAAACAAGGAUUUAAAUGGAAUAAAAUCCUUUAUGAGGGCGAUACAUCAGAAAACUUCAAUCCAGAUAACAACAUCCUUACGGCUUUUGCGUACGAUCCUGAGAGUCAGAAACUCUUCCUAACUGUCCCGAGGAAAUAUCCCGAAACUAUGUACACUUUGGCAGAAGUUGAUACUGAGAAAAAUUCUUUUGAAUCGGGAGAUACUUCCCCGCUCCUUGGAAAAUUCAGUGGUCAUGAAACUGGGAAAGAACUUACAUCAGUUUAUCAGCCAGUUAUCGAUGAAUGUCAUCGUCUUUGGGUUGUUGAUGUUGGAUCAGUAGAACGUAACUCAGACGGCACAGAAGGUCAGCCAGAACAUAAUCCUACCCUUGUGGCGUACGAUCUCAAAGAAGCCAACUAUCCUGAAGUUAUUCGUUACACGUUUCCCGAUAAUUCCAUUGAGAAGCCCACAUUUCUGGGUGGAUUUGCCGUUGAUGUUGUAAAGCCGGAUGAAUGCAGUGAAACUUUUGUCUACAUCACAAACUUCCUCACCAACGCCCUCAUAGUAUACGAUCAUAAGAAUAAGGACUCCUGGACGGUACAAGAUUCAACUUUUGGACCAGAUAAAAAGUCAAAGUUUGACCACGAUGGACAACAGUAUGAAUACGAAGCAGGAAUCUUCGGGAUUACCCUUGGAGAGAGAGAUAACGAAGGAAAUCGUCAAGCGUACUAUUUAGUAGCAAGUAGUACCAAACUUCACAGCAUCAACACCAAAGAACUGAAGCAAAAAGGAAGCAAAGUUAAUGCAAAUUAUUUGGGAGAUCGUGGUGAAUCCACCGAUGCCAUAGGCUUAGUUUACGAUCCAAAAACCAAAACUAUCUUCUUCGUUGAGUCAAAUAGCAAAAGAGUAUCAUGCUGGAAUACCCAGGAAACACUAAACAAGGAUAAAAUUGAUGUAAUCUAUCACAAUGCAGACUUUUCCUUUGGAACAGAUAUAUCGAUUGAUAGUCAGGAUAAUUUGUGGUUCCUAGCAAAUGGACUUCCACCUCUGGAAAAUUCUGAUAAAUUUGUCUUUACAAAGCCACGUUAUCAAAUAUUCAAAGUCAACAUUCAAGAAGCAAUUGCUGGAACUAAAUGUGAAAAGAAUCUUUAACAAAUGAAACUUUGUAGAAAAAUACAUAAUAUCUGAAUAAAAAGUCAUAAAUGUACCAUAAAAAAAA